AGUUCCAGAAAAAAUCAAAACUGACAAUGGACCAGGAUAUUGUAGUAAAGCUUUCCAAAAAUUCUUAAGUCAGUGGAAAAUUUCACAUACAACAGGAAUUCCUUAUAAUUCCCAAGGACAGGCCAUAGUUGAAAGAACUAAUAGAACACUCAAAACUCAAUUAGUUAAACAAAAAGAAGGGGGAGACAGUAAGGAGUGUACCACUCCUCAGAUGCAACUUAAUCUAGCACUCUAUACUUUAAAUUUUUUAAACAUUUAUAGAAAUCAGACUACUACUUCUGCAGAACAACAUCUUACUGGUAAAAAGAACAGCCCACAUGAAGGAAAACUAAUUUGGUGAAAAGAUAAUAAAAAUAAGACAUGGGAAAUAGGGAAGGUGAUAACGUGGGGGAGAGGUUUUGCUUGUGUUUCACCAGGAGAAAAUCAGCUUCCUGUUUGGAUACCCACUAGACAUUUGAAGUUCUACAAUGAACCAAUCGGAGAUGCAAAGAAAAGGGCUGCCACAGAGAUGGUAACACCAGUCACAUGGAUGGAUAAUCCUAUAGAAGUAUAUGUUAAUGAUAGUGUAUGGGUACCUGGCCCCACAGAUGAUCGCUGCCCUGCCAAACCUGAGGAAGAAGGGAUGAUGACAAAUAUUUCCAUUGGGUAUCGUUAUCCUCCUAUUUGCCUAGGGAGAGCACCAGGAUGUUUAAUGCCUGCAGUCCAAAAUUGGUUGGUAGAAGUACCUACUGUCAGUCCUAACAGUAGAUUCACUUAUCACAUGGUAAGCGGGAUGUCACUCAGGCCACGGGUAAAUUAUUUACAAGACUUUUCUUAUCAAAGAUCAUUAAAAUUUAGACCUAAAGGGAAACCUUGCCCCAAGGAAAUUCCCAAAGAAUCAAAAAAUACAGAAGUUUUAGUUUGGGAAGAAUGUGUGGCCAAUAGUGCGGUGAUAUUACAAAACAAUGAAUUCAGAACUAUUAUAGAUUGGGCACCUCGAGGUCAAUUCUACCACAAUUGCUCAGGACAAACUCAGUCAUGUCCAAGUGCACAAGUGAGUCCAGCUGUUGAUAGCGACUUAACAGAAAGUCUAGACAAACAUAAGCAUAAAAAAUUACAGUCUUUCUACCCUUGGGAAUGGGGAGAAAAAGGAAUCUCUACCCCAAGACCAGAAAUAAUAAAUCCUGUUUCUGGUCCUGAACAUCCAGAAUUAUGGAGGUUACUGUGGCCUCACACCACAUUAGAAUUUUGUCUGGAAAUCAAACUUUAGAAACAAGAGAUCGUAAGCCAUUUUAUACUAUCGACCUAAAUUCCAGUCUAACGGUUCCUUUACAAAGUUGCGUAAAGCCCCCUUAUAUGCUAGUUGUAGGAAAUAUAGUUAUUAAACC